CUUUCGGACAACUCUCUUUGUUUCGGAAUCCACCAGCAGUCUUCCUAAAAAGUUGCAGGAAAAUGUCGAAAAAGCAUUCAGUUUUGUUUAUUUGCCUUGGAAAUAUCUGUAGAUCACCAAUAGCAGAGGCUGUUUUUCUGAGGUUACUUCAACAAAAAAAGCAGGAGCAGAAUUGGGAUGUUGAUAGUGCCGCUAUGGGAGACUGGCAUCUUGGACUGGGACCAAAUGAACGUACAGUUGUCACAUUGAAAAAAUUUGGAAUAACAGAUUACAAGCAUAUAGUUCGACAGAUUAAGCAAGAGGACUUUGAAAGAUUUGAUUAUAUAUUUGGUAUGGACCAUCAAAAUAUGAGUGACUUAGAUGGUAUAAAACCUAAGAACUGUCAUGCUAAAACAGUACUGCUUGGUGAAUAUGAUCCAAAGAAAGAACUUAUUAUUGUUGAUCCAUAUUUUGGCAAUGAUAUGAAGGAUUUUGAUAAAGUUUAUGAACAGUGUUGUCGAUGCUGUGAAGGAUUUUUUAAUGCUGUAACUGGAUCCUAACAAACUAUCAUUCAAUAGAUUAAGUUACUUUAUACAUGAACAAAAAUA